UAGCUCGUGAAAAAGAUAUUGGAUGUCGAAGGGAUUACAGAAGUACAUAUCUCCUUACCGCUACACGACCUUGAAACUUGGAUAUGAUUUACUCGUGUGUGAGGUUUUCUCAACGGAUUCGUCCGAUAUUUCGCAAUUGUAAAUCAUUUGCUUUUGGCAAUAUCAAUUAUUCUCGUAAAAGUUCACGAUCUCAGAUAUCAGUAUCAACCAAUGCAGUGUUUAAACCUGGAUCAAGCUUACAAUUGAUAUUAAAGUGCGGAGUAUUCACGGUCGUAUCCACGAAUGCGAUUUUUCUGGGAUCACUACUUUUGGGCUUCGAGGCUUGGCGAACUCGCCAUUCGAAAACAAAAAAUGAUAGCGUCAUCGGGAAUUCCAUUUCUAGGGUUCGUAACUACAUAGAAAGUAUUUUGGGCAGACCUCUACGAGCCUCGGACACUUACUGGGUUAUCGUGGCAUGCAAUAUUUUGGUCUUUCUUGGCCUUAAUAGUAGACUUUCUCCUUUCAUUCAGCCUUAUUUCCUCAGCAGUGUAACUGGGCCCACUCCUGCAUUAUCAAUGGUGCUUAGUGUAUUUUCACACAAAAGCUUAUUCCAUUUAUGGCUCAACAUGUAUGUUUUGCACAGUUUUGCAAAAUCACUUAUUUCACUUGUCGGUGUUGAGGAAUUCCUUAGUGUUUUCCUUGCUGGAGGAAUCUUUUCAAGUUAUAUAAGUUUAAUGAAUAAAUUAGUACAACGAAGUAAAUUUUCAUCAUUAGGUGCCAGUGGAGGUAUCUGCGCUCUGAUUGGUUCAUUGUGUAUGCUUAAACCAAAUGCUCAUUUAUGUAUACCAUUUAUUGUUGACAUUAUACCUCAUUCAUUUCAAGCAAAUAAUGCAAUUUGGGUUAUACUAUCCUUUGAAAUCAUUGGCAUUUUAUUUUUAAGUCGUCGUAGUGCAUUAGAUCAUGCAGCACAUGCUGGUGGUUUGAUUUUUGGCAUGCUGUAUGGAAUGAAUGGUAUUGAAUCAAUACGAGAACGACGUCAUGCUGUAUUAUCUUGGUGGAAGAGUAUUCGUGAUAAAAGAUAGAAAAAACAAAAAAUUGUUUCCAUUAUUUUUUCUCGUUGAUUGAUUUCCCUAUGAUUGUGAUUUCGUUGUACACAAACAUUCAGUGGGGAAAAAACAGUGAUGAUUUUAUACUUUGUACACAAAUAUGUGUGUUGUACAGUGAAUAUAUAUGUAUAUAUAUUCUAGAUGUUAACACUAUUGUUUAUUUCAAUGUACAAUUUACUUUAUUUGUGUAUAUGUACUCUGUGUGUGUGUGACGAAUUCUCCUAUUUGGAAUUUUUUAGUAGAUAUUAUUGAUUUUAUUUUCGAUAACAAUGAGCGAAACUUGUAUAAUUUGUUUGUUUGUUUGCUGACACUUUUUCUUGUUUCUUCUCUGAUAUACUAGUUGAAAAAAAA